AUGGUAUUGAUCGUGUUACCUUCGGAGAGCUCUCGGAAAAUAGAUGGAGUCAGUCUUGCUGCUAGAACUGCCAACCUUGCUGUCUGUCGCAACCAUCUGCGCUGCCUUCCUCGCCAAGAACCUCAUCUCCCACUUCAACCCUAUAUGGUCCACUGUAACCGUUUCCAAACACCCCUACGAUUUUGGAGACCGUGUGGUCAUCGAAGACCGAGAACUCAUCAUUGCCAAAGUGUGGCCCCUGUACACAGUGUCCAACCGCCGCUCUAACCGCGCCAUCGGACAGAUUGCCCACAACGAGAUAUGCAACUAG